UACAAUUCCCAGACCGCACCGGGACACCUUAACUUUUCCAAUAUGGCGGAGGUGGCAAGCUGUGCAUCGUUAAUAGGAAAAUAAUAGAGGGUGAGGAAGAGGGGUGUCGGCGGGUAUAACACGGCCUGGAGAAGGGAGGUAAGAUUUGGAAUCGCGAUCUGUUUGAACGUACUAAAUGUCUUUGAAAAAUAAUAUUCGGCGGCGUAUCUGCUGAGUGCCUUUUGUGUGGUGCCAACCCCCUGUGGGCACUGACAGCUGUUGGGCUGAGGACUUGCUGUCGCUUCCUCCUCCACCACACCCGGCUUCACUACCACUUCAUGAUUGCAACGCUCAUUUUUUUUAUUGUCUGAAACUAAAGCGAUUUUUUAAUAAAAGACACGUCCACCUUCCGAUUUCAAUUUGCUGUGAGGUUGGGAUGGAGACAUGUCUGCGAAUGAAUGGCGAUGGGGCUUGAUUUACAACAUGCGUAAUAACUUGGAGUCACAAGGAACUGCAGAUGCUGGAAUGUGGAGCAAACCAAGGAUUAUUCAGCAAAAUAAAGAAACACAAGCAAUCUUGAGCAAAACACAAAGGGCUGGAGUGACUCAGCGGGUCAGGCAGCAUCUGUGCAGCAAAGUUCCAUAAGAUGUCUAAUGUAGGUGAUAUCUGCCCCCAUUUGGAUUCCGUAGGAGAAAUCACCAGAGAGGAGCUAUUGCAAAAAUCAAAGGGAACAUGCCAAUCCUGUGGAGUUGGUGGACCAAACCUAUGGGCUUGCCUUCAGAAUGGCUGCUCCUAUGUUGGAUGUGGGGAAUCGUACGUUGACCACAGCACAUUACAUUCACAGGCUAAGAAACAUAAUCUGACAGUGAACCUAACUACCUUUCGAGUUUGGUGUUAUGCCUGUGAGAAGGAAGUGUUCCUGGAACAGCGACCUGUUGUGCCUAGUCCAGCUCCAUCAAGCAGAUCAACAGAGCAGGACUCUGGCAUAUCACUUGGAAAUCAUCCAUUCAAAAUUGUUCCCAUUGCUGUUGCAGAUGAAGGAGAAUCAGAGUCUGAGGAUGAUGAGUUAAGACCAAGAGGGCUUACUGGGAUGAAGAAUAUUGGAAACUCUUGCUACAUGAAUGCUGCACUGCAAGCUUUGUCCAACUGCCCACCUCUCACCCAGUUCUUCUUGGAAUGUGUAGGUUUGGUUCGUACAGAUAAAAAGCCAGCUCUGUGCAAAAGUUAUCAGAAGCUUAUCUCUGAGCUAUGGCACAAAAAACGUCCCAGCUACGUUGUUCCUACAAGUCUUGCCCAUGGCAUUAAAUUGAUCAAUCCUAUGUUCCGAGGUUAUGCACAGCAGGAUACACAGGAAUUCCUCCGUUGUUUGAUGGAUCAGCUCCAUGAAGAGCUUAAGGAACCUUUAACAGAGAGAGACUGCGACUCCUCGAGUGACACAGAGGAAAAACGAGACGGUGACAGGAGUCCUUCGGAGGACGAGUUUCUCUCCUGUGACUCUGGAGCAAGCAGCGACAAAGGGGAAGGGGAAAACAGGAGCAAAUGUUCUUAUGAGAAGCAGAUUGAAAUGGAGCUGCUGAUCCAGGAUGAAUGUGGAAAAGGAAUUUCAGAAAAAGAGAGGCAAAAGGAUAGAAAAUUUUCAUGUGGGCACCACAGGCUGGGAUUAGUGGAUGCAAUUGAUGAAGAUGCAGAUGUAGACACGUCUUUGAGUUCAGGAGAUGCUGGAGGCUCUGGCGAUGCCCGAACUACCAUGGUCUCUAAUAGUCCUUGCAGAACACCAGAACCUGACAAUGAUGUAAACAUGCGUCGCACAUCACGAUCAUGCAGCCCUAUCCAUCAAGCACUUCAUUCCAAGUUGUCCAGCACCCCACCUCGAUCGAGUCCAAUGCGGGCAGUACCACCGUAUUCCCUCAAGAAAGCCCAACUUCUGUUGUCCAACAAGAAGAAAAAGCAACCCAAGUAUCGCAGUGUAAUUUCUGAUAUCUUUGAUGGGUCAAUAUUGAGCCUAGUCCAAUGUCUCACCUGUGACCGACUUCUUUGUGUGGAACACGGAUUAUUGGAAUACUUUAACCCUGGAUUGAAAAGAGCCACAUGUUAUCAAAUGGCAGCUGUGAUAAACAAGAUUUCUUCCACAGUGGAAACAUUUCAAGAUCUGUCUUUGCCAAUCCCUGGUAAAGAGGACCUGGCCAAAUUACAUGCAUCCAUCCACCAAAACCUACCUGUGAAAAGUGGCACCUGUAGCGAUGCCUAUUCUACACAAGGAUGGGUAGCAUUCAUUAUGGAUUAUAUUAGAAGAUUUGUCGUGUCCUGUAUCCCAAGCUGGUUUUGGGGUCCUGUUGUAACAUUAGAAGAUUGUUUAGCUGCUUUCUUUGCCGCUGAUGAACUGAAAGGUGACAACAUGUACAGCUGUGAAAAAUGCAAGAAGUUAAGGAACGGAGUCAAGUACUGUAAAGUCCUUAAACUUCCAGAGAUUCUGUGUGUUCACUUGAAACGCUUUCGACAUGAAGUGAUGUAUUCCUUUAAAGUAAACAGCCACGUAUCUUUCCCACUGGAAGGUCUUGAUCUUCGACCCUUUCUCUCGAAGGAGAGCCCUUCCCAAAUUACAACUUAUGAUCUUUUGUCUGUUAUUUGUCAUCAUGGGACCGCAGGCAGUGGUCACUACAUAGCCUAUUGCCAGAAUGUAAUUAAUGGUCAAUGGUAUGAAUUUGAUGACCAAUAUGUCACAGAGGUCCACGAGACAGUUGUACAGAACGCUGAGGCUUAUGUCCUUUUCUACAGAAAGAGUAGCGAAGAAGCAGUGCGUGAGAGACAAAAGGUUGUAGCUUUGGCAAACUUGAAGGAACCCAGCCUCCUCCAGUUCUACGUCUCCAGAGAGUGGCUAAACAAAUUCAACACCUUCACUGAGCCAGGCCCAAUCACGAACCACACCUUCCUUUGUGUACAUGGAGGUAUUCCUCCAAAUAAAUAUCAUUACAUUGAUGAUCUGGUAGUGAUUCUGCCCCAAAAUGUAUGGGAAUAUCUUCAUAACAGGUUUGGAGGUGGCCCUUCUGUGAACCAUUUAUACAUCUGUUCCACUUGCCAAGUAGAAAUUGAGGCAAUUGCUAAAAGGAGGAAAAUGGAAGUAGACACUUUUAUAAAGCUAAACAAAGCGUUCCAGGCUGAGGAAUCUCCCGGUGUUAUAUACUGCAUUAGUAUGCAGUGGUUCCGCGAGUGGGAAGGUUUUGUUAAAGGCAAAGAUAAUGAACCUCCGGGUCCAAUAGACAACAGCAAAAUUGCGGUAAUUAAAAGUGGUCAUGUCCAACUUAAACAAGGUGCUGAUUACGGUCAGAUUUCCGAGGAAACCUGGAACUACCUGUUUACUCUCUACAGCGGUGGACCGGAAAUUGCCAUGCGGCAGAAUGUUAUUCAAGCUGAUUUGGACAGUCCCCAGGGAGAGCGGAAAAUAGAAGCCGAAACCCGUGCUGUGUGAUGAUAGAACGGGCUUAAAAUAACUGGUUGAAAGAUUAUGAUACUGAGCUGAAGGUUGUGAAAACUGCAACUUUUGCACCUGUGAUGAAUCUAUGUGAGCACUUUGUAAUUUAACUGUAGAAAUUAUCUUUUUUUUUAAACAAAACAUUUUAUUUCUUCUUGACUAAUUAUAUAGCUAAAUCAAAAGAGUGCUUGGCAUUAUACACUGUAAAGUAAAGUGCUAUGGGACCAUUAUAAUGCUAUACCAGCCUAAACAUGACUGUAUUUCUUUAGAGGCUACAUUUUUGUCUAUAUAAUGUGCAUCGAUAAAAGUUCAUGUGUUCUGAUAAGCAGGCCAGUCAUUUUUAUUUGUAAAUGAACCGAUGCCGCAGACCUAUGACACAUGCAACACCCAGCUGAAGUGAUCUUGAACCUGGCACAUUAAGUGAAUUCUUCACAUGGAAGAUUUUGUUUGAGAAUAUUUGGUUGAUAACUGUACAGUGAAGAAAUGGAGAGUGGUAAUGUUGUGACGAUAAUUGACAGCUGUGUAAGAAAUAACACAGAAGACCAGAACACAAGAAACCGCAGAUGUUAGAAAAUGUUCAAAACACAAAGCGCUGGAGUAACUCAGCAGGUCAGUCAGCAUUAGGCAACAUCAAUGUUUGCGUCAGGACCUUCAGUCUGAACAAAGGUCCUGACCUGAAAAGUCAUGUGCCCAUUCCCUCCAUAGUUGCUGCCUGACAUGCUGAGUUACUCCACCACUUUGUGUUCUGACAGAAAAACAGUGAUCAGGUCAGCUGCAGAGAACUACUUCUCCUCUCUUCAGUAUGAUCUUAAUAAGCUUCAUGUAAUUUGGUGCCAUGAGUUUUCUACUGAAAAGUGGCUGUAUCGGCUUUAUGCAAAAAUAACAGGCAAAUUUGCCUUAAAAUGUCAGCUGAAUGCAUUGUUCAAGCUGUUGAAAAUGUUGCUUUGUUUCACUUUAACCUAAGCAGCAGCAGUGGAUUUCUUAAGCAAACAUGCAAUUAUCAAUUUUACUUGCUACUUGUUUUUGCCAUUUCAAUGCAUCACUUCUUAUACCUUGAGCGACAGGCAGCUCUCCAUGAGUGCUGCUUUAUGACUGGAGUUCAGGCUUGUAAGAGUUUGUGAGAAGGUGAGCUUGUUCUGAUUGUAUAAUUUUAAUUUUGUUUUUCUUGAAGUAAGCAUUAUCGAAAACCUCUCAAUAUAAUGCAUAGAAGAUCAGGAAUUCUUCAGAACAAGCUGCUUGCUUGCCAAAAGUUUAAAACCGUUCUCUAGGGAAAAGCAUACAAUUUAAAUUAGCAACAGAAUUCUGCCUGAAAGAGCAAUUGGAAGGAACCACAGUUCCACAAUUCCAAUUAAUUAAAAAGAGCAACCAUGUUUAGAAUAAGCACAGAUCUCGAGAGUAGCAAUUUAGAAUUAAGAUGUGGGAUUCGUGCUGUCUAGAUUGAUAAUAAACUGCAAUAAUAUGUUCAAACUCUAUGUACAAGUUGUUUUAAGGCUCGUAUGGCAGCCCAGAAAUAAAAUGAGGAGAAAUUUAUUCCCAGAUAGGGAUAAUCCUUGGAAUUUUCUGCACCACAUGUUGUAGAUGCACAGGCCAAGGGUAUGUUCAAUAUUGAGAUUAUUUUUUACACCACGGGAUUUGAGAAAUACGGGGAAAAGAUUGGAAAGUAGAAUUUGAGUAGAUCUCAUUGGUAUGAUCUUUGCGAAUGUGAACCAAACCCAAAAGACCACUUGUUAUACUCUUCUUGACAAGUCACUGGUUGUGUUUGAAUGGGCAGGUUGGUAUGUAGACUUGCCUUGAAAUGUAAUUGGUGUCUGAAGCAGUCACUAAAGAUAAUCAUUUUAGAAAAAUCAAACAUAACCAUUGAUAGUUACUCAACUCAUAAUUCAAGCACUAAAUUUUGAUUUUGCUGUAUUUCUUUGUUUAACUGAAAUUAUUGGAUCUGUUAUUUUAAAUAAUAAAUUAUCAGAGUACUGAAUUGCUAAAUUGUAGGAUCUUGUGUGAAUUAGUGAUAAUUCAGAAAAUGAUGUGCACUAUUCACACAUAUAUAUAUGAACCAAUUCCAGGUUGAUUCAGGCAGCUGACCAGCUAAUUAUAACAUUCUCAUUGUUGGGUUUAUAUGACAGAGUGUGCAAUGAAGAACUAUAAAUCUGGUCAUUCUUAUCAUUAAAAAAACAGGGAGCUUCUUCCUAUUUAAUCAGCAAUAAAUGUCCUAACAUCGGAAUAAACUGUUUUGAAUGUAAUGUUUGGUUUUGCCUGACCUAAACGGAUCUACAUUCUGUCUGACAGAAUAUAUUUGGUUAAAAAGGAAAUGCACAGUUCUUUUCAGCACAGUCCUAUUAACUUACAUUGUUAAGAUGUUGAUGGAUGUCUACAGUCUCUCCCCCACGAGCAGGAAUUCAGUAUAUUACCAGAUAGUGGUAAUAUUAAUCUGCUUUGGUAAAGUUAUUCCUUUUGUUCAGAUUCUAUCUG